AUGUUUCAAUCACGCAAUCGGUCGUUAUCAGAAAUUAUUGUUGCUGUCACCUUUGUCAGUUUCCUGACAGGUUUUAUCGCUGUGUUGUGCAUUGGCAAUUACUAUCGAGCCAAGAAAGCUAUGGAACGACAAAAGCAACGCCGGUUGGCCAAACUGACUGGCAAUGCGGGCAAUGGCGUCAUGGGGGUUGAUUCGCCAGGCUCCAAUCAAUCGACAGUAAGUUAUUACAGCGACGAGCAUGGACACCUAUUGUCCACACAGAAAUCAGCUGCUAGUCGGCGUCGGAGUGCGGAAGAAUCAGAAUCAUUACUAUUGGAUAUUGAUGCGGGCCCACGCCUCCGACAAGUAUGA